CCAAGAUAAAUAAACUCUUCAAAUUCUUAAUUCUAUUAAGCACAGCCAAGAGUUGAAAUGAAACACAUGAACCAUCCGAAUGAGUAAACCACCAGGUCUUCGUCGAUCAAAACUAGCACAAUCAAAUAAAACUAUAGUUUCAUUCCCAGAUUAUUCAAAAUCCAAUGCAUGUACACAAAAUUCCGUCAAAUUCCACCCUCUCAUUUCAUCACCACCAUCAUCGUUGCAAAUUCAACCUUACCAAUUUCGCCAAUAAUCCUCGAAUUUCUGUUGCUCUCUUUCUCUCUCUUUCAAUUUCAUCAGCUUGUACACGAAGAAGGACACCUACCAUGGCAGUCGCCGGCAAAAGCGGCGGCGAUGGCGGCGGAGCUUUUACGACACUUGCCGAGAGGGUCACGUUUGAAAAAGAGAUUAAGAAGAGCAAAUUCAUCGCCAUUGCUGCUCCUGUUUACAGUGAACAAUCUGCUCAUUCCUUUCUAUCUGAGGUGCGAGAUAAUCGUGCUACUCACAAUUGCUGGGCUUAUAAGAUUGGGGAUCAAUAUCGAUCAAAUGACGACGGUGAACCAUCGGGCACUGCUGGCAAACCUAUAUAUUCAGCAAUUGAUACUUCGGGUGUUGAUAGAGUUAUGGUAGUUGUGAUCCGGUAUUUUGGCGGUAUCAAAUUAGGUACUGGAGGGCUUGUUAGAGCUUAUGGUGGGGUUACGUCUGAAUGUUUGAGAAAUGCACCGACUCGUUUAGUGAAAUCAAGAGUUCCUAUGGGUGUGGAGGUUUCCUUUGAUCUUCUGGGGCUUCUGUAUCAUCAGCAGAUGUCAAGCAAGAUUAUGAAACCGAGAUUGCUGGUUCUGUCACAAUUCUCCUUCAGCAUGAGUUGCAAAACAGCCAUCAAGCAUCAAUGUUCUACUCUGCUACAAGCAUCUACAAGUUGGUAUGUACAAUAUAUAUUUAUGUGUUUUUACAAACUUUACCAUGAUUUUCUUGCACAUACAUUUACAUUUGACAUGAAUGAAAUUUACUACCCAUUCCCUGCCUUUAUGUGUCUCUUAUUUGCUGGUUCCCUCACUAUUUAAUGGCCAUUCUGGAUUUGAUGGGCUACUAUAUUGUAAAUAAAGUUGAGUUGGAGCUGUACAUUGUACACUCUUAGAAAUAGAAAAAAGAAGAAUAGUGUUUUUUUAGAGUCUACACUCUCUAGUUUUCUCAGACAAGAUGAACUAAACUAUGGCUUAACAUAACGGCGUAGGAGCAUUGGCAACCAUAUGUAAUCCUCCAACCCGCAAGCUUAACCAAUGUGACUUAGAUUUUAAUUAUGAAUCAUCUAGAAAUAGUAUUAUGCUCAUAGAAAGGGUAGCAAUUGACCGUUAGUUAUUGGUACAGAGGCGGUGCAACAAAAGGCUCUGCUGAGAUAGCAAUUCGAUAACUUAGUAAAUGGUAAUUUUUGCCACAAAAUGGCUACUUUGAUUGUGGAAUUCUAGGCCACAAAAUGGCUAGUUUGAUUCUGGAAGUUUGCGCCAUAAACUGGCUUGUGUGAUAGUGGAAGGCAUAAAAAUCAAUGUUAUUGGUACGGAGGCGGUGCAACAAAAGGCUCUGCUGAGAUAGCAAUUCGAUAAUUUAGUAAAUGGUAAUUUUCGCCACAAAAUGGCUACUUUGAUUGUGGAAUUCUAGGCCACAAAAUGGCUAGUUUGAUUCUGGAAGUUUGCGCCAUAAACUGGCUUGUGUGAUAGUGGGAGGCAUAAAAAUCAAUGUUGGUAUUUGUGAAGGCUAUAGGGAUGGAGAACCCCUUCCAAGUGUAAGGAAACUUAACUUGCUUACCUUUGAGGACAAAGGAUUAAAAAUUAUACCGAUCCAUGUUGGCACUGGCCAUGGAAACCAUCAUCUACACUAGAUUCAAGAGAUUCACAAUUGAUGUCCUUAGCAAGCUUAAGGUUAUUCGUAAAAGACCUAUUCUCCUUUUGUUGCCAGUGUCCAUGUAAGUUAUUUAGACCAUAAAGUAGUCUUGUUAGAUCUAUAUAUCACAAAAGAUGCGUGCUUAUGAGCAGUGUUUUGUAGGUAUCCCUUGCAGUGGGGUGGCUCAAGUUGCAUGUUUCUUGUAGCCUAAUUACUUAUAAAUGAACUCAUUGUGACAAAGUUUAUCUGUCCCAUAUGUAAUUUUCAUGUCUCUCUCCUGUUUGUUCAUCAGAUUAAUUUUCUUGCAUUAGAUGCAAACGUUAAACAAUAACCUCCAGAGAGCUCUACACCAGAUGCUCAUAUAGCACGUCAUGAAAAAAAAAAAAAAUCCAACCUCAACUCUAUAAAAAGAAAAUAGAGACAGAGAGAGGGAGAAAGCAACUACUAAAUAAGAUUGUAAUGUUUCAGUCAUUCAAAACAGCCACAAAAGGGAAGUUUUUCACUUAUUGGUGGGCGAAGGGAGUUUUUUUAAUUAGUACAUACUAGUAUGAUGUAAUGAACAAAUCCUUGUGAUAGGUCGGAACCAGCAACUAUGAACCAUUACAGGUGAAAAUUCUCACUUAGAAUUACCACAGAUAUGGUAACUACUAACCCUGCAACUUCCAACUCAAGAGCUAAAAGCCUAAAACCAAAAAAUGAAAACUAGAUAUGAAACAACACACUUUAUAGAAUCCCAAUAGUGUGAUGGAUCACCAUACGAGGGUCAACCGACAACCGAUGGGAAGGGGAUAGCAUAGGGGUGGCAAUGGAUCGGAUGUGGAUCGGGUGGAGCUCAAUCCGCCUCCAUCCGUUAGCUACCCAUCCGCCACCCGACCCAUCCAUCACCCGACUUUUUCUUCAUCCACAUCCGCUCCAUCCAUCAUCCGCGGGUAAAUCGGGUUAUAACUAAUUUAGAUUUUUCAGUUUAACGACAUUGACUGCACAAAUUAAAACAUCACCAUUAUAUUUGCAUGCAUCAAUUAGACAAUCACACUAAAGGGAAAUAGGAAAUAAUAAUUAGAGUUCAGAUUAAAGUUAACAACAAUAACAAGUAACAUACACAUAGUACAUAACUUAAUUGUUGGGCUAUGUUGGCAGCAACGACUACUAACAACAAAAUAAAUAAAACUACAAGGAAAAUUUGCAAAUUGCAGUCAUUUAAAGUUCAUAUUUUGCAAAUU